AUGCUCAUAAUGCGCUCAAUGUCAGUAAUGAAAUCAGCAUGGAAACUGGCUUACCGUCAUUCCAGUAUAGCCUUGAGGUACAAAGCCACAGCGGUUCCCAGAAGUUCAAACCCACAACUAUCAUUCCCAUGUUUGGACAAAUUGGAACAGAAAAACAAGACGCUAGCAUCCGCCAUGAGUGAACAGCUGACUUUCUGUGCACCAUCUGUCAACUCGCUAGAAGGAGGGCCGGAACCUUCAUACUCGAGAGUUGUCACUGGUUUUGAAGUCUUCAAGUCUGACAGGCCCACAUUCAUGGACAAUGGUGGAUAUCUACCCUCUUUUGAAAUUGCUUACGAAUCAUGGGGUACCUUGAAUGCUGCCAAGGAUAAUAUGAUUUUACUUCACACUGGUCUCUCGGCAUCCUCGCAUGCUAGGUCUCAGCCAAAGAACACUAAAAGCGGAUGGUGGGAGAACUUCAUCGGACCCGGUCAAUACAUAGAUACAGAUAAGUAUUUUGUGGUUUGCACGAAUGUUUUGGGUGGCUGUUAUGGAUCUACAGGCCCUUCAUCUCGUGAUCCUGCUACGGAUGACUAUUAUGGGACUCGGUUCCCGAUCAUGACCAUCAAUGAUAUGGUGAGAGCUCAGAGAGAAUUAGUAAGGGAAGUUUUUGGGGUGAAAAAGCUUCAUGCUUCGGUUGGAGCUUCAAUGGGUGGCAUGCAAUCACUUGCGUAUGCCUGGGAAUUUCCUGAAGAAGUUGAACAUGUCAUUAGCAUUAGUGGAUGCGCAAGAUCGCAUCCGUACUCUAUUGCUCUCAGACACACACAGAGACAAGUCUUAAUGAGUGAUCCCAACUGGAACCGAGGAUUUUAUUACGAUGGAAUUCCUCCUCACGUAGGUAUGAAGCUCGCAAGAGAGAUUGCCACAGUGACUUAUCGAUCAGGUCCAGAGUGGGAGUCUCGAUUUGGAAGAAACAGAGCCGAUGACUCAAGGCCCGUCGCAUUCUGUCCUGAUUUCUUGGUGGAAACUUAUCUAGAUCACGCUGGAGAGAAGUUCUGCCUUGAAUACGAUGCAAAUUCGCUCCUAUACGUCCUGAAAGCCAUGGAUAUUUUUGAUCUUGGCUUGAAGAAUCGGGAGAAAGCGUUUGAGGUCAGGUCCAAAAACGAAGAGCAAUUUUUCAACGAAGUUUCAGAAACUCUGCAAGAAACACUACCCAAGGAGCCAUAUCAAGAAAAGAUUAAAAAAGCCACUGAAACUCCAGAGGAAUCCUGGAAGGAUCUCCAAAAUGGUAUGAAAAAGAUUGCAAACAAGAAGGUUUUGGUAAUUGGUGUGGAGUCGGACAUUUUGUUUCCAGUGUGGCAGCAAAGAGAGAUAGCAGACGUGCUUCGAUCAGUCAGCUCACAGCAAGAAAACAUCCAAUAUUUGGAGUUAGGCACGAAUGUCAGUAACUUUGGCCACGACACAUUUUUGUUAAGUGUGGAUCAUUUUGGCCCUCGUGUAAAGAGCUUCUUGUCAAAUUGA